AUGAAAGUCAACUUUGUGUCACGAAAGUCUUGUUUUUCAAAACUUUAACUUGGAGAUGAAAAAUAACGCCAAAUAUGAGGGAAUUUGAACUUCAAAGCUUGAAAUCACUUAGAUCUGUCCCUCUCGUUUGUAUAAAAAUCAUUAGCUCGUCAGGAAAAGCAAGUAAUCUAACAGUAAGUUUACGUGAUACAGUGAAGGCCGUGAAAGAUAAAGCACUAGGGGGAGAAUUUUCGAAGGAAUCUCCGUGCUAUAAACUCAUCCUCGCCAGAUCGAGUAGUGAACUGAUUGACCAGAAAACUCUAGAGGAAGAAAAUGUACAAGAUAAUGGUAAGUGCCGAAUUUCAUAUCAAGAUGUCUAAGUGGAUAUUAUUGUAUCUUUAGAGCAAACCCUAUAAUUCAAUUUACUGUUGUUGUUUGUCUCGCUUCCAGACGAAUUAGUACUCAUCAGAAAACGACCUCAUACUAGUGCUGAUAUCGCCGAAAAAGUAAGUGUUUUCUCGAACAUUUUGUAUAUUCAGUGUAGACUAAAUGAUCACGAUUCUAACUCCUUCAUGUUUUGAAGGACGUUAUCUGGAAAAUUUCUCUUGGUCCUAAAGCUAAUGGUAUUGAAUUCGUAUUCAGUCCAAAUCAAAGCAAUCUAAAUUUAGAAGUAGUUUCUAUUUUUCUCUGUAAUGCUUACAAUAUGUGGAUUAAAUUAGGAGGUUAUACUGUCGGAGAUAUUAUUAAAAGGCAGACUGACUAAUAUACAUACAGAUUUCAAAGCACUUCAAUAUAAGUCAUAAAAGUUGUAUCGCAUGCACACAUUUGCCACUUUGGCCCCUAGAAUUUUUUUGAGUCUCGAACUUAUAGUUCUUUGUCUCUUUAAUCAAGUCAUCUUUUCUGUAGACUGUCUUUGAGCUCCUACUCUAGAAGCUACAUUAAAACAACUCACUGUUGUUUUAAUGUGAGGGUAAAGUUUCCUUAUGUUUCUUUGCUGAUUUGUCAUUCAAAAAACUACAUAGGAAUGUAAAACAAGUUCUUACCAAGUGCCUGACCUAAAGGGGGUCAAGAAGCUGACUGCCAAGCUUGUCGCUGGUAAGAUAAAGGAGCCAUCACCCAGCUUGUCACCUCUCACUUUAGAUGUAAGUAAGAUCUUCAUUAGAUUCAUUUAUCCAGUAACCACUAAAUAUAUUCAUUGAACAACUAUGUGAGUGAUAAGAAAAGGCAACCAGGAUAGGAAACAAUAGCAAAUUACAACUUGCAGACUAUCUGUUUAAUUUAAAGAGGAAAAAAAUUGUCUAAAGAAGGAUUUGAUAGGUGCAAACUUCACAAAUGGAUUAAUUAGCAGGCCACAGGAGGUAGAAGAAAGUGAAAAAAUGUAAAAGCUAUUGACAAAAGAACAAUGGAAAUGACUGGCUGAUUGAAUAAAGCCAAUAAAUGAUUAUAACAGUAUUAUUAAUUUAACACUAAUGUAAGAGUUAAAAGAAAAGUUAAGAUAACAAGGAUCUUGAAUUUAAAACAGCAUACUAAUUCAGCUCAGCUGGGUUUUCUAUGUGCCCUUGUGUAUCCAGUCUCCUUGAGAUGGGACUCCUGGAGAUAUAGGCAGCUGACAGUUUCACUGCUGAAUCCACUGUGCGCAGAAUCCAACAUGUUAUAACAAAACUGUUAUCUUUCUUUUGAUAAAACAAUGAGGUAUACAUGAUGUAUUGUCACUCCAAAGGGAAUAAUUUAAAAACAUGGCAGUUCUAUAAAAUAAUCAUGCUGUUGUGUCAUCACUGUUUGUUAGCAAAACAGAGGGUUGUAUCAAGGUGUCUGUAAGAAACCUGUUACAUUGUACAAUCAAAUUCAAACAGUAAGCCAAAAUGAAGAAAAGAAAAAAAAAAAGGAAAUAAUCAUUUGAACAAAUUUAUAUUUCACAACAACAAAAUUUGGACUGUAGAUCAUUUGCAGGAAAGAUCCCAACAUGAGGUUUCAAACUUGACUUUUUGCUAUUGCUUAUAUAAUUUGAUGUAUAAUUUUACCACUUUAUUAAAAUAAAUUUACUUAUUUUCACAAAGGAUGAUGUUGAGCUGGGCAAUGAUUUUUGGGUUCUGCAAAUUAAAAACCAGUUCCAGUUGUAUCAUUUGUAUUAAAAUUGAUAAUUGUAACAAUAACAAUAAAUUAUAACUUGAUGAUUUUUUGAAUUUAGUUCAACUCAGAACUCAGGAGAAUACUCAUCUCCUUGAUUGACUCCUCCAUACUUCUUCAAUCUGUGAAUGCUGCUGAUGAAACUGAUAGCUCAGGUAUGCAACAAAUGAAAUUAUCUCGAUAUUUUGGAAAAAGAUCAGAAUAAGAAUUUCAGUUUCUCACUAUACUUUCCUUAUCACAUACCUGUCUUUCAUCUGGAUUUUUCUUUGACUGUCUCAAAUGGAACAAUCCUUAAAGCAUUGAAUUAAGCUGAAAUUCCACUUGAAUCUUUGAUAAUAAUAAUUUAGUGAACUUCGUUUCUCUCUAUUGUGAGUCUGCUAAAUGUAUAAACUUUUUGCUAGUUGUGAUCUGUGAGUCAUUUUUUUCUAUCACACAGUACUGAAUUUGUUAUUUUAUGCACAAUCACCAGAGGAUCUAAUUGAUGUUGUUUGAGCACACCUGUAUGUUUUAUGUACAGAUUUUUAUAUUUUUACUGGACUAUAUUUCAGGUCAAGAAGAGGACAAUCAGCCUAAUGUUGAUCCAGUAAGAGAACAAACACUUGCCUUGUUUUUUUUUAUAUUUGAUAUGGGGAAUAUUUGCUAUAAUAGAAAGUGUUCAUCAUGGUUUUAAAAUAGAUGAACAUUUAAUUGUUUGUUUCACAAUGUAAGAGUCAGGUUAGUCAACUAUGUAUUGAUUGCAACUUUUUGACAUGUAAACUUUCGAUCUUGUAGCUGUAUAAAGAUUAGCAGUAUAUAUAGCAGUUGAAAUUUUGUGAUCAAGACUCAAUUGAUUAGCCUGACUCUUACAUUGUGAGACAAAUGAUUAAAUGUUCACUUGUGGAGUAUAUUUGUUGUGCUUCAAUUUUUUGUGUGGUUGCAAAUUUGUUACACACAUGCAUGUACUUGUCUCUAAUCUUUACCACUGUGUUACAACUUGAAACAAGGCAAAAUAAAAAUCAAAACAGUUUGAAUGAAAGUAAUGAAUUCACAUGAAAAAAAAUUCGAACUAGAGCAUCCUCAUAAAUUGAUGUAGAGUCAUAAAUUUGUUCAAUUGUUAUUAGUAAUUUUUCUCAAGUACAUAUUUAUUGUUGAUUUUGCAGACUGCACUCAAACAAUUAGUAGAUAUGGGAUUCAAAGACUCAAGAGCUAAAAAGGCUCUGAUAUUGAACAGGUAAUUUAUGUAGAAUUUAUGAUCAUGACAAUUAUUUCUCUGCUAAGCACAAAUGAUGAUAAGGGAGCCCAAAGACAAAAUAUUUGCCUUGCCUAAUAAAUGUCAAUUACUGUCUCAGGAUACAUACAUGUGUAUUAUCUGGUUAAUGAUUUUUAUAACAAUCCAUCAAGCACUUUUUUCUUAUUCUUUAGUCAUCAAUUAAUGUGAGACCAGAUUCCCUUAUAGGGAACGUUGCUUCCUUUCCUAGAAGUGGUCUCGUAGUUUAGGUGGUACUCAGCACCCUUUUAGAACAUGUAUCUGGGAGGCACAAGUUUGAACCUGUCAAAUCCUGAAUUUUUCUGGCUUCUUUUUCUCCAAAUUGCAGUGUAUCUGUGUGCGCUAUUUGAUUAUUUGUUUGGAAAUGUCAGGUAAAAAAGAAAGUGGCAUGGCUCAGAUCUGUAGUUUCAUGAAUUGAUGGAACUGCAUUUUUUCCUAAACUCUCUGAUCCUCCUUUUAUUAUGACAGAAUGUCUCCUAUGCAGGCUAUGGAAUGGCUUCUACAGCAUGAAAAUGAUGCUGACAUAGAUGAGCCUCUGACAUUAGGGGCAAGAGCUGGGAAGAGUCGUAGGAAAAGGAAGGAGUUUGUUCCCAAUCCAAGGGUGAGUUGCUGUCAGUGCACAAACACUGAUGAGAUACACUAUAUUACACAUAUGCAGUGGAUAGGGCAAGUUUGUAAAUGAACAGUGUAGGUCACUAUUUCCAGUGGACUUGAGGUGGUUGUAUGUAGUGUUUACAAAGUGGUGAUAACUUGUUUUCUUAGGACCAUUACAUUUAGGAAAACCAAGUGAAUCUUUGAAUGUCUGAGCGGAUUGGGACUUCCAUAAGAAAGUAACUGUAUGGUGUGAUAAAAUUUAUAUACUGAAAUAUGACAGAAAGACAAAAUAAGAUUUAAAUUGUUGGAGUUUGUUUGAGUAAACUAUGAAGUUAUUCUAAUAUGACAAACCCUUUAGAAUGUAAUGUAUCUUUCAAUCACCUUAAUUAUUGGUUUGUAGCAUGACUACUUAACCUGAACAAACCAACAAACUGUUUAUGUUAAAUAUCUUUCAAUAACAGUGUGAAAAUUGAUGCAUUAUGAAGUAUGCGUUCACAUUUAUAACUUGUAAUCUGUGAACAUUUACAUGUACAGUGUAUUGUGCAUCAGGAUGUUGCAAUUAAGUCUACAAACAAAAUAUGCUCAUUAUAACAAAUUGUUAAUUUUUGAUAUGCAAAAGUUUAAAUGAUUUUAAUAAGAUGUUAAAAUGGAAUUAUGUUUUUUCUGUGUUGCAGGCUGUAAACAACUUGAAAGAAAUGGGCUUUCAGGAAGAAGAAAUUCUUGCGGCACUCAAAGCAACUGGGAACAAUCAAGAAGCUGCUGUGAGUAUAAUAUUCACAAUAUGGUCUAUUGAACUUAAUUCAUUUUUGAUUGCAGUGAGUUCCAGUUCUUCAACUGAAAGCAGUACGCUCUAUCCCUAAUUGGCAAACAUUUUGUUUCUACAAAAUUACAAGGUUUUGUAUGCCUUUAUCUGGAAAGCUGAUUCCACAAACUGAGCAACUUGUAACAUAAAAGAAAAAGUUUCUUACAUGCUUUAGUUAAAUGUUGCUAGAAACAACUGUAAGUAGAUACCUGUUUCAAUCAUCAUCAUGUUUGCAUAAACAUUAAUGACCUCUCUAUUAAAAAAAAUAAAUACUUUGUAAUGGCCUUGCUCACUGUAGAGUCUCUGUGGCUCAGUGGUAGAGCAUCAGAGUGUGGAAUCAGAAGGUCUGAGGUUUGAUUCCUCAUGAACAUAGAAUUUUUUCCUUUGUCCCAUGCUCUUGUCAAGAUUUAAAAAAAACCUUUUGUCAUUUUUUCUCUGAGCUCAAAAUUUACCAUCUUUUUCAUUUUAUUUGUAACCUAUGUUAUACUUUCAACAAAUUAUGUAUGUCUUUUUCAGAAGAAUAUACAUGUAAAGUUUUAUUUUUUGAUGACAAUGGAUACAAUCAUUGGUGUAAAAUAAUUCCAAAUUGAUUGUUGUUUUCUGCAGUGUGAUUGGUUGCUUGGUGACAGGCAGGGAGGAAUAGGAGAUAUCAAUGAAGGCUUGGACCAGUCUAGGUACAGAUGCUGUAGAUUAAUUUUCAGGUUUUCCAGAGGGGUGCCCUUAUUUAAAAAGGAGGCUUUCUCAAAACUAUUUUUGAACCAAAAUUCCAGUCUCCUGAACUAUUGCUCUGCUUUCAAGUACAGGUACCUUUUUUUUUUUUGCUGAAAUGUUACCCUGUGCAAUUUCAUAACAAUUUAACAGUAUCAUUAAUUGUGUUGCAUUGUGCAAGAAUGUCAGGGGCAGCCUUUUUGUUAUUAGUACUUCUAGGGGAAUCAUGGUGGGGGGGGGGGAGGGAGUGGUGGAGCUUUUUGCCCAUUUGAUUUUAAAAGGAGGGAUGACUACAGAAACAGAAUCUUUUUGAGCACUUAUGUUAUGCAUUUGUUCUGCUUUUUUCUUUGAUCAGUGGUGUGUAUUGAGUCAAAUGAACUUGUCAAGUAUUGUUUCCUGUCUGAUUUCUUACCUAGUCCAUUGUAUCAGGCCAUUAUGGAGAAUCCUUUAGUCCAGCUUAGUCUUAAUAAUGCUCGAAUUCUAGGAGGUAUGUAUAUACGUCAAAAACUUGGGAAUUCAAUUAUGUUCCAUUUUGCCUUGUGUCAGUUCUGUCUUAGUAACAAAGAGGUCAAAAUGUGACCAUAAACAAGAACACGAGACGAGCUGCAUGUAGUUGUAUCGCUGAUAUUCUUAAACUACAUUUUGGAAGUCGUUAGGGAUCUUUAACUGAACAGACCACAGCAAAAUAGAUCUAUUUGUUUAAUACUUACAAUUAAAAAGAAGGAAAAGUGAGGGAAAUAAUCACCAAUUGCCUGGUUACGCUCGACUAUUCGAGUUGUAUAUUUCUAUUUCGGUAAUUUGCUUGCUUGGGUAAGGUGCUACGGAUUCCGUUUCUCUUUCUUGCUUGCUAACCGCUCUUGAAAAUUUUGAAUGACAUCAGUUCGUCUUUACUUUUAUAGUGUAUGGGCUUCGACCAAUCAUGGUGCACAUAAUAUAAACUUCAUGGUAUAAUUGAAAAAAUAACAACAAUUUUACACAUUUAUUCUUGCGUUUUAACGGAGUGCUGUUUUAUGAUCACGCCUUAUAACUCAAUUCUCAGUCAUUCUUUAAAUUCUUGCUUUCUUUUUUUUCAGCAUUUGAAGACAUGCUUGAAAAUCCGUCGACAAGUUCAUUCUACAUUAACGACCCAGAAACUGGGCCAGUCUUACUGCAAGUCUCACGGAUUGUGCAGGGAUUUGCUAGAUGAUACUGAACCAUAUUACUAAACCUGUAAAUAUUUCAUGUAUAACAGUAGUGCAGUCUCAUAACUCUUCUGAAAAGAGCGCUUAUUUGCUGAUCACGUUAAUAUGGGCUUAGGAAUGAAGCAACCACGAUUGUGAGUUUCACGGGGGCUGCUCGAUGAUGAAAGUGGCGCAACUACUCAAGUUACAAAGUUUUUGUAUCUGUUUUCAAUUAGUUUUUUUACGCUAAGUGUAAGGUAGCUAAUUUUUGGCGCACAGUGCCCGGAAACUGUGGAGAAUUCCAAAUUACGGGCAACAAAAUUGUGUACAACAGACAGUUACUGUGAAUAGGUUUCGCUGGUAAAAGGUCCUAUACUUACUGUAAUACAACAUUAAAUUUUCUACCAUAUAGGUUUUAGCCUAGUACUUUGCUGAUAUUUUUUACAAAGUGUUGAGUUCUUGAGAUGUUCCAGAAUCCAUUUGAUUUAUAUCUCCUUCAUCACGAAGUACAUCUUACAGUAAUGACGGUGACCGCGUUUUAAGAUUCUAGGGAUCAGCAUUACCUUUGACUGCACGCGCCCGCCGCUAUUCUGAAGCCAGCUGAGCAACCUGGCUACUAUCAGAUCUAAGUUGAAAAACUAGUUUGUAACAUUUCUUUCUGUGAUGUUCUUGCCGUUUGAACUUCAAAAUUGUCAAUAUCUCGAUCUUUCUUACUAUGUUACUGGAAACUUUGAGAAACGUACCCCAGGUGGCUGAAUUUUUGGAUUACAUAUAUUUAUUUAAAUUUUUUUCAUUAUAGCGUGGAAUUUUCAGAGCAUUUAUCGUCAAUAUUCGAAUGGCUAGGUUACAUUGUUGAAUCUCAAAACGUGGUGAGCUGUAAUCAGUUUUAAUUUGUACUUGUCAAUGGUAGUGAUUAAAGAAGGAAAGGAAUUUAAGAUGUUAUUUGAUUUUUGGAGCACGUUUUUACUUUGAAAGGAAACUGAUAUUUUUUUGGCGACAGGAAUUUCUAGAGAACGUUGCCAUCAAUUUUUUUUUUUUAAUUUUCCUUGGUAUAUAACUCACAAUUGAAUAGUGCUUUUCAUGCGCGUUGAUUGGCUUGUUCGGAGGUGAAUAGCGAAUACUAUUCACCUCCGAACAGCCAAUAAGACAAAAUCGCGUGUCAAGGGUUAAAUUUCUGACCAUUUUUCGGUAUAUUGAGAGAAAGAAACUACGUUUUUUGGACCUGUGUGGUAUGAACAAAAGCAAUUAUUCAACAUCAGCGUCGGUGAAAGUGGUGGAUAUUACCCCACUGCAUCUCAGCUCGGUUAAUAUCCACCACUAUUCACCUCCACUUUGGUGAACAAUUGUUAAUUAUGUGCUCCUUUCUAAAAACCUAUUUUGGUACAUUGUAUUGUCUAUUAAAAGUUACUAAGAGUUGUAACAGAGAAUGAUCUGGCUCCAAUCCUCUGAGGCAAAAAAAUGGUGCUCUUUGGCCUUUUUUGGUUUGCAUUUUUUUUUUGUUUUUUUGUUUUUUCAAUAUUUGCAAACCAAGGCAAUUGAUGUUGAAUAUUUUGUUCAAUGUACUAUUUAUAUUUUAUUUUGGUUGAGAUGUUAGACCAUUGGUAUCUGAUCAUAUAGGGUUUCACCCUAAAAUCAACCUUUCGCAGGUGUAAGUAGUUAUAAUUUUGGAAUAAUUUCAAUUGAAUAUUUUUUAGUAUCUUUUUAGGGAAAUUUUCAAAAGAACAAGAUCUCCAUGCUAUGGAUGCUGUAGUGCUUAAGUGCGGAAAAUAAGCGAUAAAAAAGGGCUCCUUGUACGUCACGAUAGGCAAAUCUAUCACCAAGCCUAGAUAGAUUGUUAGACAGGAAGUGAAGUAAACAAGAUGGAAUUGAAUUGAGUUCUAAGCGUGUUUUAUCUCUAAACCGAAACACCAGACAAGGUUUUUGUUUGUGGAUAUAUAGGUGUGUUUUUUAUCUCGUGCUCCUUCCUUCUUUUGCGCCUUCUGCCUCUGUUUGACGCUGAUCUCCGCUGACCCUCAACGUUGUACAAAAGAAGUCGCACAUGAGCGAUCUUGAGAAAUGAAUUUAUUGGAUUCUUUGGCAGGCCUCGCCAUAGUUGGUAAUAAAACCGGGCCUCGAUCCGAUCCCCUUCCGUAGGUUUUUGGGGAGGCAAUUUGUCACUUAUCAUCCACUGUGGGCAAUAUGAUUUAUCAUAAAAAUUGUUUGUUAAUCAAAGGUGGACGGGGUUUUGAGGAUCUAAACAGUCUGUUGCGCUAUCUCAUUUUCAUGCGGCUUUGAUCGCCACUACUCAUGAAAAUCAACUUUUUAACAAGUGAUAGAGAUAAUUUAUUGAGAGUCACACAAAGUUUUGGGCGGCUUGUGAUGUAUUCAAAUCCCUGAGAUCGGUUUUACGUCAGAAGCAUAUCUUUGAUCUCGUGGACGGGUGAACUCAAGCAUCACUAAUUUUACAGAAUAGAACACGUAGCGUAAAACGAGAGGCAUAUACUGUAUCUCUGUUACUAUCCAGAGUUUUAUUCAAAGCCUUACCCGACAUUGGUCGAGAAAUGCACAGUCAUUCGAGAUUGAGUAAGGCUAGGAAAAAAAAAACCAUUUUAUAAGCGGAAAUCCUGUCACUCUUGAAAUAGAGAGGCCCUUUGUUUCUCCUUUCCGAGAAAUUGAUCGUAAUAUUAAACGUACAAAUUAAAUUUCCGAGAAAGCUUUACAGUUCGGGUCAUUAUCUAUUUUUAUUUCCAGUUAAAUGUCCGCAUCUGUCUGUUGUUCAAUGAAAGUUGUAAUUUUGUUGGAAAAUCAGGUCUGCCCUAUCGCGUGAAGUCCCUCUGGUGCAUGGAAUGGAAAGGCCAUAAUUUCCUUUUCUUAAAGACAAAUGAUUGACUUGCAAUGGCCCGAUGUCUCUUGACCUUCAAUUUUCGACAGCAAGGGCCUCAUCCAUGUGCACACAUCCGUCAUGCUAAAUUUCGCUCGCAUACAUUACAUACCAGCAAGAUUUCAUUGGCUAAACUAGAUCUUAGCCCAAGGGUUGCCAUGGACGCUAGAUUUAUGCAAAUGCAUAAUUUGGUCUUAACCAGAGAAGUACUAAUUAACUCGAUGUUUCCUGUAGACCGCAUGCGCAAAAUAAAUUUCCAUCGCGAAACAGCCGUGCAUUAGGAGGGCAACUCAUGAUGCUUCCGCUUUCUCAACUAGAGGCAUUUACUUUAAACCACCCAUCAGGCUGGACUUGGUUCUGAAGCGUCCUAAGCAGUGAUUUGUUUUACUUGGAUAAAAAGCAGGUUUGUCCGCAACUUUGCAACUUUUUGAUUUGUGUUAUCUCUUCUGCACGGAGGUUUGUAAAAUAGAUUAAAACCGAGUAGCCAUUAGUCAUAGUUAAGUGACUUACUGUUAGCACGUUCUCUCUUCAGUGUCUUACAUAACAUCAUGAUGUCGCUUUAAAAAUUCUCUAUUCCUCCUAUGUCGCUGUCUCUGGCGUCGAAGGAAAGUUUCCCUCGUCUGCUAAUUCUUGGUGAACCUGUUUAUUUCUUAGUUCAUGUCCUUUUACAGGCCGUGCCUUUGUGUUUAGUCCGCUUUCGUCUUCGUAUCUUCGCUUUCGGUCCGCUGCUCUCACAAAUUUAGUCACAUUUUAUUUUCUUCCUGCCGGUCUAUAAGUCAGCGUAUAACCGUGCAAAUGUAGCUAAAGUGAAGUGUUAAGCGAAGAAAUUUGUCUGAUCCGAUGUUUUCAUGCUUUGGGUUAAAAAUACAGAGUAUUGUUUGCAGAGCGGUACCCUGGAGCUGCACAUUACAUUUCAAUCAGUUCUACUCUUUCAUCCGUUGAAACCUUCAUAAGGCAAUAUUCUAUCAAAAUAAUAAACUGCGUUAUAUCGCUAAUGUUGGUAACUUCCAGACAAGGAAGGAAUCGUGAGCAUGCUGAUAAAUCAAAGUGCUCUGUGAGCAAACUCGUGAAUUGACACAUGAUUUUUUAGAUUAUGUUUAAUGUUAUCUGGUUUAGGGAAUUUUGUGGUUGAUUGUCAUAUCUAGAGUACGAGCAGUAGUUCAGUAUUCGCUAAUGUAGCAAAGAAACAAAGUAACGUUGGGAUAAGAAGGCAUUACAAUUGAAAUGAUCAUGCUAUUACAUUUGACAAGGUGGAUGAUGUCAUGUGUUUUAAACGUCUAUCAUUUUUGUUUCUGGUUCAAAAGAAAAGGUUGGAAGUAAAUGUGGGUGGAAAGUGAAAUUUACUGUCUUUCGUUGUAAAUAUUAGAAAAUCAAGGCAACACUUUCUUAAUGAAAACAUUAACGAUUCCCUCUUUAUCAAAUGAGACAAACUGGAACGAGUUUUGAGUGAUAUAACUAAGCCAAGCCUGCCACCGUCAUUUUGGAUCUCCGCCUGGGUAGAUUUAAGUCACGUGCUAGGCAACGUAUAAUCAAUAACAAGAUAGAAUUUCAUUUCAGGCCUAUUUAUCAAUUUUGUGGUGGGUAACUUUCGCAUUUUAGUACGUUGUAUGUAUGUUGAAUCUUCAAAUUGUCUUGAAACUUAAAAAAAAAUUGUUCUUUAAAAAUUCACUGAAAAUCGGUAGCUAAAAUUGUUUGUUUAGGUGUUAUUUGAUUUUCGUGUUAACUUGUAAUUUCGUCAGUCGCCGGCUUCUUUCGUUGCUUCACACAGGAAAAACACACGCGACGAAACGUAAUGAUCAAUUUUGUCCUCAAUCUCACGCCAUAACAGAAAAAGCUUUUGAACAUCUGUAAACUCCGAGCGCUUCGCAGUAAGUAAUAUUUUCAAUGAAUCUUCGGAUUGUUUACGAGUUCAAGGAUUGUAAAUUACAAUUUUAUGAAAAACGAAGGUUGUUCUGUUAUUUCAGUGUGAAUCCUUGCAUGCCUGCCAGUCGCUGGCGCCGCUUGUUGAAACUAAAAGGAAAAAAAAACUCUUUUAAGAUUAUCAUUGGCUUCUUUUUCACCCCCACCACUAUUCUUAGCAACAAAGGUCGCCAUUUCUUCUGUUUAUUGCUCGCCAAAAACUAUCAAAUGCACUCAAAAGCCUAAAAUCUAAAAAAAGUUUAGAGGAAUCGAACAAUCGAGCGAGCGAGCGAAUGCCGUUCCCCACAUCGUAUCUAUAACUCGCUCUUGCGCAUGCGUACAAUUCACGAGUUAAAAAGAGCUUAUCUAAAAAUUGUUCUUUUUGAUAACCUAAUCAACAAUUAAAUAGAAGAAGUUCACUUGUGAAAAUUAUCCGUGAGUUUAUUUGAUUCAAAACCUCGCGUGAUCUAGAUGAAAUUCGUUUUUACUUUUGUUGACAUUUAUGUGUAUGACAGCAUUAUGUUAUGGUAAUUUUAAGGGUCGAAUCUAGCGUAUCUUUCCUUUUCGAAAUUGUGAUCGGAUUUCCAUAAUUCGUGAGUUUGCACAUAGAAUCAUUUAGGCAAUCAUUGAUAAAUACCUUGUCGCCCGGCUUCCAAAUCGAUCAUGUGACAUUUUGACAUUUGAGAAAAUAAGCGGUGCAAUUCAAUUUUUAUUCUAAAACCCUGAAGUUAAACCUGCUUUAUCGUUUUGUGAGAUUUGUGAUCAAGAAAUACCCAUUCAUACAAGACAUUUGAGAACAAAGAAUCUUUGAAUCAAAGCUUACGUGAUCUUAUAACAGUAACGUGCUCCACUUAUAACCUUAGGGGCACCACAAUACUGGACCUCCCAAAAGUAAAAUCAACAACCUUCGGGUUAAGAUCAUGGAGAUAUGCUGCAUCGGAAUUAUGGAACGCUUUACCGGACGAGUCUCGAAAGAUACAAACAUUUACUACUUUUAAAAAUGACUUAAAAACAUUAGAUCUCACGGGACUCUAGUGCGGUGAGGAUCUAUCCUUGAUUAUAUUUACUGUUUUUAAUGAUUACAUUUUAUACAUUUUACUUGGUGACUACAUUGUUAAAUUCUUAUAUUUUAAUAUUAGCUAGUUCUUAAUCUUAAUUUAUUUAAAUUUAUAUACCUUCAUAAGGCUUUAUAAUUUCCUUUUCUCUUUUUAUUUCGUAGCGUACCCUUAAACUAGCUUUUAGCUAAGCGUUCUGACCACGUUAAAUAAAUUGAUUGAUUGAUUGAUUGAAAGUCAAAACACCUCAUUACUCCUUAAGUCAUGCAUAUCCUUUGAUAAUCAUUUCGGAGAAAUUGAUUGAGUUAUUCUAAGAAAGCUUUCGUCAUUUAUUGUAUUUUUUCCUGCAGAUCAAGUUUCCUCGUUUGAAUAUCAUCUGCAAAAGUGCUCUUCUAAUUAUAGUAAAGAAGAUUUCGUCGGGGAAAUAUCUCUCAACAUGGAAAUGGAGUGAUAUUUUGUGAUACAAAUUAAGGAAAUAUGAAGUACAAUUCUCUCCUUGGACAUACGAGAUAAGAGUACUCUCUAAGACAUAUGAAUAAAGGGGUAAGUUUCUAAAGAAACUGUGAUUCGCUCUGACGAAGGGGUAACGCUCGAAACGUCAGCUUUUUUACCCUUUACGGUGGCUAAUUUACGUUUUCAACCCAGUUGUUAACACUAAAUUACCUACUCUCUAAGAUGUAUCCUUGUUUAUUAUUGAGUGGUUUCCGGAGAAAUUGAUCGAGGUAUUCCAAGAAGGCUUACGACAUAUCUGUUUUUCCUGAACUGAAUUUUUCUUGUUUGAAUAUUAUGUGCGAAAAAUGCUCUUAUUGUAUAGAAGAUUUAAUGAGGGAAAAAAUUUUUUUGAUGAAAUAUGAAGUGCAAUUCGUAUUGUGGAAGAGGUUAGCUGCUCCCCUCUCCAUCCAUUUGAAUUUACGCAUAUUUUGCUGCUAAUUUUUAUCGCACUGGCUCUUGAACACAGCAAUUUUUAUUCAAGGCAUUUCAUCGAAGAUAGAAAAUCAUUGGAAAGUAGGUAUGUUUUUUUUCUGAAAUGGUUCCGCCUUGAGAUUUUUGAUAUUUCUACCUUGCAUUCUUGAUGUUUGUAAAACCGUCUCAAAAACACGCCGACGCGGCUGUGAAACACUUGACCGCGCACAGUAGGGUAAUCCACCCUCUUUCAUGCAUUUUUCGAUUCCACCACCCGAGGUUUUUCUUAGUAACCAUUCUUUCAAUUAGCUGGUCUUGAUUUUUAAUUGUUUCACUCUGUGACCGCUCCAUCUACUUGAUGAGGUGACGCUUUUUUGCGAAACUUCGUACAUUACCUUCUGUAGGCAGGUCUGGAUAAGAACUUGUGGCUAUUAGUUCAGUUAACUGUGUGACUUGCAUGCAAAGAACGAUUAGAAACGGAACUUAUAUGAAGCUGAUCCGUUUUGUAGCAAUUAACAUAUAGAGGGAAUCCGCCGUUACCUGCGCAAACCUUACGUGAUCGGUGGACAGGGAUGUGUAUGACAGCAUUAUGUCCGCGCUUAUUUUACAAUUAGAUAUCCAAAUAAGAACUUGAACUAUGAUUAACUUCCUUUUUAUAACCAUGCUGUUUAAAACUGUAAUCAAAGUGAUUAGUCCUCUAUUGUCUGGUGUACAACUGCAACAUGAUAGUGAGUACAUGUAAUGUUUUUACAGUUUAGAUAAUUUGUGACAUGUGACUCACUUUUUUUUAAACCCCAAAAUUGGGAGUCUUGCUUACCAGUUGUGAUAGAAUAUUCAUAGACAUGAUGGAGAAAUGGGCAUUUAUUCAAGACUUUGGGUACGAAGAUGAUUAAUUUUUCAAAUUCAAAGCUAUAUAGCAGAACAUCCUAUUUUCUCUAGAUAGUGUUCCAUUGUUAAUCGACCAUUUCCACGAAAAUGAUCGAGAAAUUCCGAAAAAGCCGAACUCACGCCGAGUUAUACUCUCUUAAGACAGUUUAAAUACUAACUCCCUUAAUCCGGCCUUUGUUCUGUCUUAAAGAUCCUUGUGCUAAAAAAAAAGAUUUUGAUAUAUGAAAUUUAUCCGUCUUUAGCCAUGAAUCCUUCGUAUGCACUUCUGGAUCUACCCGUGAAUGAGUGCAAGACUCUUGACGAAGACGGAGUGCUUUAUACUUUUAAAAAGGCCGAUCAUGCCAAAAUUUUGUUGAAGAACCUCGCCUUGAUGCAAGCAAAUGAAGGACUUUUGACAGACGUGGUCCUGCGCUCUACGUCCAAAGAUUACGAGGAGCCCCUUCAUUCCAUUCUGCUUGCUGCCUGCAGUCCUACCCUUAAACAGAAUCUUACAGGAAGGUACUUUGAUUUCACCGGUGGCAAACUCUCUUUGAAGGGAUUGAACAGAGAUAUACUUAUUGCCUUUCGUGAUUUCAUUUACAAAGCAGAGUUCCCGUCACGUCAAGAACUGGUAGAUGGCCUUCGAAAGGUUGCUGCAACAUAUGGAAUCGACUCUUUGAACAAGCUUUGCGACCGUAACAGCAAUGAACAAAUGUCGGUGUUGUGGAAUAGUCACCGUGAAGAUCUGCUUUCGCAACUGUACGAGAUGUACCAAAAGUCUGAAUUGACCUCCUGUUUGUUAGACGAUGGCAAUGGUAUAACACAGGCAGUCCAUGCACCAGUUGUCGCAGCAGCAUCGCCCGUGUUGCGGAAAAUUUUGACAAAUGAUCUGUUCUCAUCAGAAGAGACAAGAUAUCGUCUAAAGGAGAUUGCGCCAGACGUCUUGGAGGAUCUUGUGAAGUACAUAUAUACAGGUAAUGUUGCAGUGAACGGAGAAAACGUGGCUGGUCUUCUCAAAGCUGGAUGUGGUUAUGAGAUUCCCGCACUUGCAAGAGCCUGCUGCGAUUGGCUGAAUCUAAAGAUGGAUUGCUUUAAUGCAGUCAAUAUCCUGUGGCUGGCACGUGAGGAGAAUUGCAAAGAAACCAAGGUUCUUCAAGAAGAGGCCAAAAAUUUCAUAAUUGGUAACUUUACAUGCGUUAGUGAAGAAGACGAGUUCGUCGAGCUUGAGUACGAAGAUCUGAAAGCGAUCAUACAGUUCGACGAUCUUAAUGUGAAUUGUGAAGAAGAAGUCUUUAACGCGGUUGCCAAAUGGGUUAGUGCUGAGGAUGAGCGCAUACGUUACCUACCAGAGUUGCUGAAGUGCAUUCGACUGGAGAAUACAAGUCCCGAGUUCCUUCGAAGUCUUCUGCAACAUCCUCUUAUAAUGAAGAGUGCUACGUGCGUUGAAUAUGUUCAAAAUGCUCUUGAAAGUCAAGCCUUGUUUCAUUUGCAAGAAGACACAACUCCAACUGAAACCUUCAAUGAGUCUGAGCAAGACUCCUACCCUAAUCAAUACGACUUUGAAGACGCUAUUGCCAGAGACCUGACACCAGAAUUUCUGUCGUCGGAGUUGGAGCUUCCUAAGUCAGACGCUAUUGCUAAAGACCCGACACCAGAAUUUCUGACGUCGAAGUUGGAGCUGCCCGAGUCAAAGAUACCAGCCGUGCAGACGCCAAGGAGGGGUCAAAGGAAGAAUGGAACUCCUGACAUGAGGUUUAAAGAGAACAGGCGGUUGUUAGGCCUGCAGAAUAAAGACCACUCUCCCGAUAUGCGGUUUAAAGUUAACAAACGAGGCCUCAACCUCCCGUUGAAAAAGGAUGGCACUGCAGACAUGAGGUCCAAAAUAAACCGUCAAUCCCUGGGCAGAGAUGACGAGGGGCGACCACUGACAAAGGCAGGUACGCCAGAUAGAAGAUUCAAAGUAACGAGAGAUAAGGAGGCCACGGUGAAAUCUUCUUUAAACAGUGGCAGUACACCAAGCACUGGCCCUGUCAAGAAAGAUGGUACGCCUGACAUGCGUUACACUGUUAACAAACAUCCCAACAGCCUGCUGACCUCAUCAAAAACGAGAUCAGCGAGUGCUCAGGUGAAUAGUUCCUCGCGUGUUGGUGGACCAUUAAAGAAAGACGGAACUCCUGACAUGAGAUAUGCUGUCAACAAACAGUCAUCCUCUCCCUCUCCUUCUAGAAACUAUGAAGGUAGUCCUUUGCAGCUAUCAUCCUAUAGAGGUUCAAGUGGCCCACUGAAGAGGGAUGGAACUCCUGACAUGCGGUACGCAAUCAACAAACAGUAUACCUCUCCGUCUCCCUCAAGGAGCUACAGAGGAAGUUCGUCACAGCUGUCAUCAUAUAGCAGUCUGAGUAGGCCAUGUAAGAGAGACGGAACUCCAGACAUGAGGUAUGCCGUUAACAAGGCGUUCAAUGGCAGCAGUCCUGCAUCCUCUGGCUAUUCCUCUGGUGGGUCCAUCUACAGUUCGAGAUCAUCUCUCAGUGGAAAUGGAAGUGGGUCGAGUUCACGCGGUCCACUCAAACGCGAUGGUACUCCAGACAUGAGGUACGCAGUAAACAAGUCGUUUUAUGGUAGUUCACAGUCGGUUGGAUCUUCUUUUGGGGGAUCAAGCUACAGUUCCAGGUCAUCUUCCAGUGGAGGAGCCUCCCGAUCCAGCUCCUGUGGUCCCUUAAAGAAGGAUGGUACCCCAGAUAUGCGAUAUAAAGCUAACUGGCGGUAAAAACCCCAAGUGCGAGAGGUAUCAGACUAUUUUUUUAGCCCAAUAUUUCCUUUGUCAUUUCGUGAUGAUUCUAUGAUAAGUGGAUUAAGAUCUCAUUGUUCUGGUUCUUCGUGUCAGAUCUCAGGCGGGCAGAAGGAUCAAGAGAUCUACUCCAUAAUUUCAGUGAAAAUUUUUCAAUUAGGUGCGAGUUGUUCGAAGCAUGAUGAACAGUAAUCCAUAACCAACUUCUUUGGCAAAGAGCCCUCGAACAUCAUGGCUUUGUCGUCUAUGCUCUGUUUAACUUAUUUUUUAAAUAAAUGGAUUUUCUUUCCUGAACGCAAACGAAAAAAAUCUGCAUAUCGAUUUCUGCAAUAAGCCUGAAUGC